AAUCUUUAAGGUCCAUAAACGCGAUCAAUUUUCUAUAAAUCCUUGAAGGAUAUCGGUCCUUUUAUUUGUUCAUUUCUUGAGUAUUCUAACCAUGCAAAACUCAUUCGCUAUAUUCUUUUUUUUUAUGAUUCAUUUGUUUGAUAUGUAUUAGCGGUGGGUGCAAAAGAAACUCCAAACUAAAAAAGGACCUCCUUCUCAAGUUGUCGUCGUCGCCGUUGCUACUCUUGUUGUUGUUUUUUUUUUUUUUUUUUUGUUAAUGUGUGUGUGUUAGUGUUGUAUAGAAUGUUUCGUAAUGCGCUAACACACAAUGCAAAAAGAGUUAUAAUAGUUUAAAGUUAAAAAAAUUUCUCUAAUGAAUGCAAUAAGGAGGGACGACAAACCAUGCUGCCACUAUUGCACAAAGGAUUGCAACACGCGUUUUUGUUAAAACAAAUUUAUCAAAAACUCACACAAUCAUAUAUUCACUGCAACAAGGUUACAUAAAACGCGACGACCCACACCCCUAAUACAAAAGGAACAAGGAGCAAAAGGGGAGAAAUACACUACGGCGACACUUGAAUACUGAAAAAAAAAAAUAAAAAAAAAAAUGUAAUAAUUGUUUACUUGUACAAAUAAGAAAAAAAUUAUAUUCGUCCUUUCUGUCGUAGUCGCCGUUAUCGUCGUCAUCGUUGUCGCCGUCGUCGUCGACAUUGUCGCGUGUUAGUGAAAUAUGUUUUUUUUAUGCAAUUCCGUCCGUCCAUCACGCAUGAAUUCUUGAAAAAAUCUUCGGUAAAUCCUCGCCGAAUCCCAUGAAUCAUACACAAUACACCACACAUUAAUAAAUGGUUACUUAAUCAUAAGAACCAAAUCAAAUAUAAGAGGGGAGUUUGUUUUAUUAUCCUUUUUUACAGUCCUCCCCAAAAAAAUAUAAAAAUAAAAUAAAAUAAAAAAAAAAAAGAAGUGAAUAUAGUGUCCUUUUGUUUUUGUUAUGUUACAUAAGAAAUUAGUGAGACUGGUGCGUUUUUAUUCCUCCUCUGUGUAUAUGUGUGGAUGUCCUUUCGGUGUGGAAAAUUUCUUAAUAAAUUUUUAAGCAAGAAACUUCAAUCCACCAAAUUUACCCAUCGUCCACUGUGUUAAAAUUAGUUCGGUUGGUGGUCGCGUGGGUCGGGUUUGGGGGGUGUAUGAGUGAUUUUUUUUUUUUUAGUUUUUUUUUGUUAUUAGAAAAUUGAAAAUAAAGGAUUCGCCUUUAUGGCUCGACAUGUUUAAUUAAAAAUGUUAUGAACCAUAAUUGAAUCCUUCGGAGUGUGUGUGGUAGGAUAAAAAGGUGCCCAGCAUUGUCGUGUAUAUAGUCGUUGUGUUGCGUUUUAUGCCAUAUAAAAACAUCAGAAUCCUUUUAGAAAAUCCACAUACCAGAGUUUUUAUAAGUCGACCCCGUUUUGGUGGAUUUGACAUAGAGAGAAGAAGAGAGAGAGAGAGGAAAAGAGAGAGCGAGAGGGUGUACGACGAAUAUAGUACGUCACACAAGGCCCCGCAGUGCUAUUAAAGCACAAGGAUAGCUGGAUUUUCCAUCCGGAAUUAUUGCUAGCGAUGAUUAUAUGAGUUUGUGUGUGUGUGUGUGUGUGAAAUAGAGAUAUAAUGAGACGUUAUGAUUGUGGUAAGAAGAAGUUGUACAGCUGCUGCCACACCACAAUUACUGGCUAAUAAAUGGAAUCUAGUUAGAAUCUAUAUGUCCUCAUCAGACCUCAAGUAGCCAUAAUGGAGCCUCUGUGAUAUAGAAAGGCUAGCCUACAUUAAACAAAAGUCCCCCAACAAAGAGACAAGAAAGAUCCACAUACACGCAAUCCCUAGAGUAACCUCUUAACCAACUAAAAAAACAAACAACAAACACAAACAAAGAAAGAAAAAAAAAACAAACAAAAAUUAAAUAAAAAGGCCAAAUGGGUGACGAGCCGCCUGAAGAACGUACAUUCAAGGAGAAGCUCCUCUUUUAUACGACAGCCUUCUUCAUUCUGCUUGGAACGUUUAGUAUGUUUGCGUUCCUUUUCCUUGUGCCGUUUGUCAUCGAACCAGCCUUCACCACCAUAUUCAUGCAAUUCGACGAAGUACCAGCGUUAUGCGAGACAAUGUAUCAGGAUACAUUCCAUGGGGCUAAAAAUUGCUCUUGGGCAUCGUGUCGCGAAGGAUGCACCAAGGAUAUUUACGUAUGCACCCAAAUUCGUGUCAAUUAUCGACUCAACUUGUACAAUUAUACGGAUGAAUUCAAUUUCACUCAAUAUCACAUAGAUUUGGCAUGGUCGGAACGAGUCAUGCCAAAGGUCAAACGAACAGACCGAUAUGAAAGGGCUAUUCGGGACUAUGAGUAUGCAGAUGGAGUGGGUAUGGAUGGGACUAUGGGUGGUAUAGGGAGCAUUAACUUUGAUGAGAAUAGUUUGCUAGAUAUGAGUCAUAGUCUGUCAGGGGAUGACGAUGAUGAUGAUAAUGGUGAUAGUAGUGAUAAUGAAGAUGGUCAACCAUUUGAUCAAAUAUCAGAAUUAAAUAAAGAUCUAAUGGGUAAUAAUUCGAAAUAUUUUUAUGUUGGAGCGAGAUUAUUUCCAAAUGUUAAAGGAUGUGGCUAUCCACCGAUGUUAAAUUGUUCAAUAUGGACGAAACGUUAUAUUAAACUGAAAUCAAUGUUUCCGUGUUAUUAUUCGAAGGUGGAUCCUAGCCUUGUGAUAAGUGAAUUAGAUUAUUGGCAAAAUACAUUAAAUUUGGUAUAUUCGAUGGCAAUACCGAUUCCGUCGUUUAUUAUUUCGGUGAUUUAUUUGACAUAUGCGUAUUUUAAGAUUUAUAAUGAGGAUGAGGAGGCGGCACCAUUGGAUGAGAAUGCUGAAGAUAUUGAUUUUGAGGAGGGCGAUGAGAUGGUUAUAAAUUCACAUGAGGAUUCGGAUGAUUUGUGUGUGGAUGUUAUGAUACCGAAUGGUGGGACUUCGUUGUCGCCGGCAGCUUCACAAAUGACACCGAAUUCCGAGAUAAAUUCGUUUGGUCAUCAAUUGAAGGUACAAAUGGCUGAUGAUAUGUCAAGGGAGAGUUUGGAUGCUGGAGUGAUAUCGAAUUCGAAUUCAGUUCAGGGAAACUUGAGCAAGACGAUGACGACCAGUAUUUCAACUCCCCCUGGGCCGACAGCGGCAGUUUAAAACGCCAAGUACAUGGUUUGGAAAAUCUUAAAUUUCGUUUUGGAAAGUAAAAUAAAAAAAAAACACACACAAAAAUGUAGACAGUUAAGGAUAUUUAUAAAUAAUGUCCACAAUUAAUUAUUACAAAAAAAAAUAGAAUAAUAAUAAUAAAUAACUUUUUCACUCUUCACAUAAAAAUAAAAAAAAAAAAAUUUACAAAAAAAAAAUUAUAUCAUUUGCAUAGAUUUUUUUCGAACUUACUCAUACAAACAAAGAAUACUUACAUAAUAUACAAAAAAAACGGUCGCAUUAUUCAAUACAAUUAAAACAUA